UAGUAGGAGUCGUUGCGCUGUGCUAUCAAAUUAUCCGCAAAUCCCAACAAUUAUUAUUAGGGAUAUAAGAUUAAUUUCAUUAUAUUUAAGUUGUUUAUAUAUAUUCCUAUUGAUACAAUUCAUCAUGUAUUUAACCGUAAUAUUAAUUAUUAUUCUAAUAAUUUUAUUUGGACUAUACUAUGGAAUAGCAGAAUACUUUUUAAAUAUAUUACAUAUGUUUAAUAUUAUCAAAGGAAUUCCUGGACCAAAAGCAUUUCCAAUAAUUGGAAAUGCUCAUCUGUUUAUUGGCGACACAACAGCUCUAUUCAAACAAAUACUAAAUCGUGGUAAGAAUUAUCAAUUACUGUGGCGUGUAUGGAUAGGCGCGAAAUUACUUGUAAUAGUGGAAAAUCCUGAAUAUAUCAAGACUGUACUAAAAAGUCCAAAUAUUAUUGAUAAAAGCAAGGAAUAUGAAAAAAUGAAACCUUUUUUGGGCAAUGGUUUGAUAACUGCUCCAGCAUCACUAUGGGAUUCACAUCGAAAAGUUUUAAAUAAAAUGUUCCUUAUGAAAAAUAUAAAGUCAUAUAUGGAUGUAUUUAUUAAUCAUUCUAUCGCAUUAAUGGAAAAAUUGGAAACUUUUGUUGGAGAGGAAUUAGACAUUUUUGAUUAUGCUUUUCGCUGUACUUUGAAUAUAAUAUAUGAUGCUACGCUGGAUACGCAACUAAAUUUGCUGACAAAUCCAGAUUAUAUAUUAAUUGAAUCAAUAAAAUGUGCGAUGGAUAUUACAACACAAAGAAUCUUUAAAUUAUGGUUACAUCCAAACAUUAUAUUUUAUAACACUGCCAGAGGAAAGAAAUUUCAGGCGUGCUUGGCUUACAUGGAUAAUGUAUCAAACAAGAUAAUCAAAGAAAAAAGGGAAUCUAUGUUAAGAAGUAAAAUUAAUCGGCAAUUGACGGCGGAAAAGUUAGGACAAAAACAGAAGACACUUUUAGAUUUUUUAUUGGAGACAUCGCACGAAGAAGAAGGAUAUACGGAGAAAGAUAUUCGCGAUGAAAUGAAUACAAUACUUUUAGCUGGAAGCGAAACUACAGCCACAACUAUCAGCUUUGUCCUCUUAAUGCUUGCUUCAUUCCCAGAAAUUCAAAACAAAGUAUAUGAGGAACUAAAUCAAAUUUACUGCUCGGACGAUCCGAAAAGUAUUCCAAUGACAUAUGAUGAUAUUAAAAGUAUGAAACUUUUGGAACGUGUGAUCAAGGAAACUUUACGUCUAUUUCCUGCAGUUCCAAUCAUCGCCCGGAAAGUGACGCAAGAUAUAAAAGGACUAUCUAUAAGACAUGUAGUAAAGAAAUACGAGAAAACAAUGGAGGACAGAAAGUACGUACAGGAAUGCAGAUGCGUCAUAAUUUUUUCACCCUUGGCGACGGAGUGCGCCCAAGAGCCACAAGUGCAGAGAUAAAACUAACCAAGGAAGAACAUGCAGGGAAAGCGUAACGCAAUGGCUUAUAGCCCCUGACGACAGGAAAACGCACGAGAAAGACGCGUGCAAACGAGGCGCGUGCACAAUACGCGCCUAGCGACUAGACACUACAGAAGAUCCCGCAGCAGAAAACACUUCAUCGUCAAGGCUUUAUCAUUCGCAGUCGUCUAGAUAAAUUCAUCGCAGCCGUUAUCAUUAGUUCGUUACAGCCAGUCGCUAAGCGCAGUUCCUUACAAUUAGCAAUUACGAUACUUAAGACUUAUAAUCUUGUUAUUAAUUGUA